AUGGUGGAAGAGCAGGCAGAGCCUCAACCACUGCAGCAACCGGCUGUACAGAUCAUGCAAUCUGUAACGAUAACUCCAAUGCCAGAAUUUUGCCCAGAUGCAAAAAUCGGAACAAGCCUUUCGACAAGAUGGAACAAUUGGCAGUCAGACUUUGAAAUGUAUAUAACCGCAAGUGGAAUAACGGAUCCAAAGCGAAAACGUGCACUCUUGCUAUAUCAAGCCGGACCGAGAGUUCGCGAGAUUUUUAAACAAAUCCCCGAGACAGGAACUGAUACGGACUGCAACAUCGUGAAAGAGAAAUUAAAGGCUUACUUCGACCCUCAAAAGAAUCGGGGUACGAAGUUUAUCGUUUUAGACAAACAACUCAAGAACACAAUGAGACAUUAG